AUGCCAAACGAUUUUCCAAUACGGGUAGGACCUCCUCAACGAAAGCCAAACAUUCCACCUAAACCCUCAACAACCAAGAAAUCAAGAAAGAUAGUAACAGAGGAUAAACAGAAUUGGUUACCAAAUGAAGAAGAUGAAAACUCUGGUGGUGAAAGAGUAAGAACCCGAGCCCAAAAGAAGUCUCAACUAUCUGCCAGAAAGGAGGGAAAACGAAAGAUGAAAACAUCAACCAAAGUGGUUAGACCAUCUGCCAAGGAAAAGGGAAAACAGAAAGUAGUUAAUGAUGGUGACAUGUCAAACAUACCUAAACCCCACAGUACAACCUUUUUAAGAAAGGAAUCCGUAAGCUUGUGGAAAAGAAUAGUGGAGAAAAAGGUCAUUAGCCAAAAAUUGCUUAUCAUAGAUAGGCUAGACAGUUCAGAACACAUUCAGGAAGUUCUAAUCACAAACCAACUUUUGGGAACAGUGACCAAUGUUGAGCCCUAUGAUGAACAAGUGAUACAAGAGUUUUAUUGCAACCUAACAAAAACCACCUCUGUACCUAGCAGCCCUAUGUAUGGAAAUAUAUACUUAAGAGGGAAGUUCUAUGAUUUCAGACCAGACACUAUCAACAGCUACCUAGGGACACCUGAAGCUGAACAAAACAUGGAAAUAAGCAGUGAGCAAGUUGCACAGGAACUUACAGCUGGAAAUGUUAAGUUUGAAAAGAACAAAAUCAAAGCAGCUUCCUUAACAAGCAAGUAUGCCAUCCUCCAGAAAAUUGCUCUUUCCAACUGGAUGCCUUCAUUACAUGAAUCCACUGUAAAGUGGACCUUAGCAGAACUGCUGUACAAGAUAGGGAAAGGGAUUAAGAUCAACAUGGGUAGCAUCAUACAUUCACAAAUCACAAACCUAGCAGAAGACACAAAAUCCAACACCUCCCUGAUUUUUCCAAACCUCAUCUUUGCCAUCCUGACAAAACAAGGUCUCAAAACUCAUGGGCCAAAGACCAUGGUAAAAAACAUCAACACUACAGUAAAACUGAGGAAGGGAAACCAUCAAAAUGAUCUAAAGACCUUUGCUCCAAAGGACAAUCCACUUGAUUCCAAGACACUAAUAAACUACUUUGAGGGAAGAUUGACAGAGUUGGAACACUCAGAAAAACAACUCCUAAGAAAACACAUGGACAUCAAGGAAGAAAAAGCAGAGAUAGCUGAAUGGCUGGCAAUCCUAAAAGCAGAAAAUGAAUAA